AGAGAUAAAUUCGUUUGAACGUGGGCUACUUCACUCGUUUUAGAUAUAUCCAUAGGUAUCAACAAAAGAGUGAUCAUGUCUUCCUACUUAUGCGGGGCAGUUAAGGAAAAUUUUGUUGAAUGCUUUAAAAGUUUAAAUCAGUUUCUGGAUGAAAGGGAGAAUGAAAAUAAAGACGACGAUGAAGCGAUAGUUUUCUACGACGGAAAUAUAAAUAGAUCGAGCCUCUCCUUCUCUGAAUGGAGUAAGUCGUCAAGAAAUUUUGCCAAGAACUUUCUAAGAAGCGUAAAGAAAUCCGAACUUGUCUUACUUUUAGUACCAACUUGUCGAGAAUUUCCAAUUUCUUUCAUGGGUUUACAAAGACUCGGACUAAAUACAGUAUUAGUCUCGAAUAAAAUUCAACUGGAAGGUAUACUAUCUCAUAUUAAACCGGAUGCUCUUGUUAUUGAGGAAAACUACUUGUUGGAAAUCCCUUCAAGUAGUAUCGAGGAAAUUCCCAUUGUUGUUUUAAUAGGAGAAGCAAAAAAAUUUGAUUAUAUACCCGCAAAAAAACUCCUUCUCUAUAAUGAUUUAAUCAAAGAAAACAAUGAUGACACUAUUAAUUUACCCAAAGUUAAUUCGGAAAAUGAUUUGAUAGUUCUUCUUACAUCCGGAACGACUGGCAUGCCCAAAUUAGUUCAGCAUAGUCAAUGGUCGUAUAUAUGUCAAGUAAUAGAGAAUGACAGCUUUCAGAAUACUUCUUUUGUCGAUCGGCAAAUGUCUUAUACAGGUGGUUUUGGAUUUAUAAUAACAUCGAUAGUUACAGGUAGAAAAUCAAUUUUCUCCAAAUUUACCGCACAAGAAACAGCCAACUGCAAAAAAUCUUUAAAGGUAUUGAAAUUGGAAAAAUGUCCAAUGGCUUUCUUCUUGGGCUAUUUACUUUGUGAUUCACUUAAUCAUAAAGAAGAGUUAAAAGAGUUGGAUGGAACGUUAAAAUUUAUACUAACAGGAGGACAAGUUCUAAAUAAUACCUUCUUAUCUAGAUUGUUCGACAUACUUCCAAAUGUUAUACUUAUCGAUGUAUACGGAGCUGUCGAAUUUGGGGCAAUGUUCUUUCGAAUUUUCAUGAAAAACAAUCUUAAGCCUAUAAUGAAAUUACCAGCUUUCAGCCAGAUUACAAUCAGAAACGAUAUGGGAGAGGUUGUUGAAAGGGGAGAGACAGGUCAUAUUUGGGUCAAAAAUCGAGGAUGCCUUAAAGAAUAUCGAGGCAACCCGUCGGCAACGCGUAAAGUAGUGCCACUGAAUGGAUGGCAUAAUACCGGAGAUUUUGGUGUAAUAGAAAAGGAUGGUUCGGCAAGAGUGACGGGAAGGCGUUGCGAUGAGAUAAAUGUCGGCAGCGUAAAAUUUUUUCCAUUGGAACUAGAAGAGAAAAUUAUACAUUUUGAAUGCAUCAAAGACGUUAUCGUCGUAGGAAUACCAGACGACCGUUUGGGGGAGAGUUUAUGCGCUGUUGUUCAAUUAAAGGAGAAUUAUUUAGACAACAACAAAGAGAUUCUCAAAGAGAACAUUUUGCAGUAUUGCAGUGAAAACAUACCAAGUUUUCCAGCUUUGGGUUAUGCAUGCAAUAUUGAUAAUGUUGUUUUUAUUGAUGAGCUUCAUAAAACCUAUACGAACAAAGUUCAACGCAAAUCUAUUAGAGAAUACGCAAUCAAUUCGUUGAAAGAGUAACACUGAAAAUAUUACAUUAUCAUCUUUGUUCUAUUUAGUUUAGAUGAUUUUAUCGUUUGACCUUUAAAAGAAUUCUUUAUUUUUUCUCUCUCUCUCUUCUAAUUCAUCUAGAAAUCAUUCUGGGCAAUAAUUGGAAAUUCCUUCUACUUUUAACAAUGCUGAUCACACUCUUCUUCCUGUCAAAAAGGUUACAUUUGAUUGACUUGUAUGGAGAUAAACUAAGGGGUUUUACUCUGCCAAUAAGUAGUAUUAAACUGGUAAAUGACUAAAUUAUUCGUCUGCUUGGAAUAGAAAAAAAUUAUAAGAUAAUUAAAUUAGUUUAUUUGAAUAAUUAUAACAAUACAAUUAUUGUUAAAUUAUCUCAUUUCUUUUCUUCUCUUAACAUUAACUUUCUAUAUAAACAACAAUGGAUGAAUGAAGCGAGUAGGCAAAGCAAGACAAGAAGGGGAGGAAGAUUUUCAUUUCUCAGUUUAUAUUUCUUUUCCUUUAAUAAAAAUUAUUCCUUUUUGAAAGGCAAGAAAUAAGAUAGUUUUCUAGCAUUAAGAAUUAGAAAUAAGAUGGAAUCGUACAUGUGCAGUGAAGUACGGAAAGGUCACUGAGAAACCUUUCAAAGUUUAGACAAGUUUCUUGGCGAAAAAACCUCCUCAACGGGAAGCGAAGAGAAGAAAGCAUUUACAUUUAUAAAACUAAGACAAUUCGUUUAUCAUUCAUUCACUGCUACAUUUAAAUAAAUACAUACUAUAUAUAUUAGUAUAUAUCUAUAUGUAUAAUGUAUAUAUUCAUAUAGAUUUGUCUCA